AUCUUAACUGAAGGUCAAAGGUACAGUAAUACUGCUGCUGUGAUUCCCAGAAGAAAAACUAACUUAGCGAAAAUGCCGCUUGGGGGCAAACUCUGAAGCAGAUGGACCUGUCUUUUGUAGUCUGAAAGCACUGAGGCCAGAGGCUCUCUAAUGGUGCCUCAUUCAGUCUGGCCAGAAUUUGGACCACAGGGCUAGCAUAAGACCAAAUGCAUCCUGGCAGUGGGGGCUGCAUCUGGGGUCAGAGGUGGUACCAGAGCGGGAGCCAGGAGCUGCCUGUGCUCCUGAGUGCCUUAGUUUGCCAAACUGAUAGUGGGGACUAGGCACUAGGGACUAGGUUAGAGCAACGCAACCUUCUCCUAAUGCCUCUGGCCCCUUCUAGAGGCCAACAGCAGGGCGGGUGCCACCAACAGCCAUGAAGUCCAGCCUCUCUUUGUGCCACAGAAGACCAGGCACUUGACUGCUCUGAUCUGGGGACUGGCCCUAGUCCCUGCUGGCUGUUGUUAGCAGGUAAAAGGGCCUCGUGGCUCCCAGAGCAAGGUUAUGCCCCAGGGGCUUCUUGCUCUCUUAAGGCAGGGCCCACUUGCAGUGCUGACCCCUGGACCCAGAGUCUGGGGUUGUGAGGUGCACCCCUCCGGGUCUAGCGAGCGGGCAGACUUGAGGCUGCGGCUGUCAUUGCUUCUACAAUCAGUGCAUGUUUCUCGCUGACGUCAGUCGGAGCUGUCCUGGAGCUAUAUAAGGCUGGCGGCGGUCCCGGGACAGACCCCGGGUUCCCCGCGGUGCCCUCAGCCCACCCGAGGGACGGAGACUGGAGCCCCAUCCCGCAGCACGCAGACACUCUCCGGCAACCUGGUCGGCGGCACCAUGAAGCAGGGGGGACGCGCGGCGCUGCUGGUGGCGCUGCUACUCCUGGCACAGCUGCGCCCAGGGAGCAGCCAGUGGAGCCCGGAGGCGGAGGCGGCGGCGGCCGGAGUCCGGGACCCGAGUCUGCGCUGGAGCCCCGGGGCGCGAAACCAGGACGGCGGGGCCCGCGCGCUGCUCUUGCUGCUGGCGGAGCGCUUCCCGCGCCGCUCGGGGCAGGGCCGGUGGGGUUCCCGGACCGCGGGGGAGCGGCCGAGACGGGACGACCCUCCGCUGUCCAUUGAUCUCACCUUCCACCUGCUACGGACCCUGCUGGAGCUGGCGCGGACACAGAGCCAGCGGGAGCGCGCUGAGCAGAACCGCAUCAUAUUCGAGUCGGUGGGCAAGUGAUCGGCGGAGUCUGCAGCCACGAGAACCUCGACCCCUGUUCCCCACCCCCGGGCCGGGCGCGCGCGGCUGGAACGGACCCAGUCCCGCGGGCUAAAGCGGCCCAGGGAUGCCCGGAGCACUCCGUGCGUCACCAAUUUUUAAUAAAA